AAUCUUUUCUACUUCCUGGCGGAUGUGACGACAGAGCUGCUGUUUGGGAAAUUCAAAAUCCCCGCUCGCUGAGACCGAGGAGCUGCUGCUGAAGAAAUGACCUCCUCGUAGGACAUUGCUGAUAAAUCCCAGAACUGUUAUUAAAUGACUGGACUGGCUAUUUUGCUUGUAAACCAAUGUAUCAUUCAUCAUCAGAAUAUCACACGGUUCCACAGCACCGUAAACCUUAUCAUGGCACUCCUGGAUGUCAGAUUGCAAAGACAGGUCGUAUGAUCAAACCUGCUACAGACACAAGAACUAGACGGCAGGACCUAAUGGUACUGAACUCCACGGUGCAGAAUGCAGCUGAUUCAGGGCCACACAUUCCCUGUGAGCUGAGCACUAUCAACUCCACGGUGACAGAUGACCAACUUCUUGAGCGUCAAGCACCUAUCCCUGUAUUUAAAUCGCUCACUGACACGCCAGCCAAAGUUUUUGCCAGGCUAAAGGCAAAGGUUCAACAACAGACACUCGAGGAGGGCAAGGAUGAUGCACUAAACCGACACACAAUGGUACAGCACUCCCCGGUUGAAGAUACCAUGCAGGAAGACCAAGAAACUUAUGUGCUCACACUUUCACCUCCUGAGUCCACAAGUAUGACAUGGGAAGUAGGAGACCCAUCGCCAAAAGAAGAGCUUGCAGCAAAUGUAGAUGGAAGACAAGGGGGCAGAAGUGAUAGUGAUUUAUUUCAUGAGCCAGUCGUCGUGCUUGAGAGACUAUCUGCCGAAAAUGUGUUUACAACGACGAAACUGCAGAAGGGGCAACAGCAGCAAGGGGCGAGUCGUGUCAGGAAUGUGAAGGAUUUAAUGAGAGAGCCUUACAUUCUGAUGGAGGGCCUGUCUCCUGAAGAGUUAUCUGUUCACAUGGGGAGGAUGAAGCAGAUGCAUGUUAAGAAUGGUUGUAGCAAUUCACAAAAUAUCACAAAUAAAGGCCGGCGUGGUGUGUUUGGUGAUGCGAGUAUAAGGGAUUAUUCAGAUGGAGCUGAAGAGAUGGAAGACUGUACUGUGGAGAAAUCUCACGCCAUACCUGCAAACAACCAGGCAGUGCAACAAAGACCAGAGCGUAUAUCCAGAAGCCCAGGGGGCCCUUUAGAACCGCCCAUUCAGGGCUUUCCUAAUGUGCUGGAUGAUCCUCUUCUGCAACAUUCUCCUCGCAUCUCAAUACCUCGAAAGCAAGCUGCAGCUUUUCGGUCAAAUCCUCAGAACAGAACAGAAGAAGAGGAUGAAACUCAGAAUGCAAAGGCCAGUGUAAAGGGCAUUCAUUUAAGAGAAUGGGUCUUGAAGCUGCAACAAAACAAAGACCUUGUUGUUGAUGGUAUCCGCGUGGACAACAAGAUACCGUGGCACAGUAGCUGCAUCACUGAACGAAUUUCAAGUAAUGUAGUUAAGACUGCAUCUGGAAGUACCUACGUCCUUAUUGGAAAGAUGUGCAACAACCAGAAUUCACAAUUUCCCUGGUGGUUUUUAAAGAAGUUUAGUUUUGGGUUUCCACAAAUGUGGAAGGAACACUUGAAUACAUUUUUAGCAAGCCAAGGAGGAUUAAAGAAAAUGAGGACCAACUCAGCACCUUGUGUACAAUCAAAGAAACAGAAUUCCAGACAACCUAAACCUAAGGCACCUGUAACACCUUCUGUUACCCCUGCUGACAGUACCCAGCCUCACAAUACAACGGUUUCCCGCAGUGGCAGGCUUAUUAAGCCUCCUCUUGAGUACUGGAAAGGAGGCAGGAUAAUUAUAGACUCAGAUUUGAAUGUUACCAUUCAUGAGGAUUAUGCGUCAACCUCCAUUUUAUUCACGCCUAGUAGAAAAACAGUGGUGAUUGCAAAAAAGUCGCAAAAAAAUGUGAAGGAGCAGCCAAGUGUGUCUAAACCUCCAGCUGAAGACACACAAAAUGCCAGCGAAGAAGAAAUGCUUGCACCAAAAAGACGUGUCCGACAGUAUAAGUUGUCUCAAAAGAGGUCUCAGGGGGGCAAAGCAGGAGAGGUUGCUUCACGAAAGUCACAGGAUUCUGUCUCCAAUUCUGACUCUGCUCCCGACCGCGCCACAAAACAACCCCCAACUCAACAAACUCAGCCUGAGAGAUAUUCUUUAAGGAGAGGACGGUCAGUGUCUAGAGGGAAAACAUCUACAGGUUCAGAGUGUGAGGUGUCUGAGGCUCACUCAGUAACACUGGGCUCUAUGCUGGUCCCACAUGCCCAGUCCUCGCCUGAAGAUGGUACUUUUGCUCUCAGUAGCUCUGAGAAAAUCCAGAAGUCCAGGCCUGUCAAAAAGCAUCUAAAGAAAGUACUUCAGAGUGAGUCGUUUUCAGUUGCAUGCUCUAACUCCGAUGACACAAGUUCUCCCUACACACGUUCCAGAGUGAAGAACAGAAGUACGGAAGUGAAAGAUGUGUUCACCCCUCCUGACCCACCAAAGGCACGCAGAAAGAAAGUGGUCCAUAAAACCAAACUGCUUUCUCCCACUUCUUCUGAGGCAGAAGAUUCAGAUUUUCAUAUGGAUCAAGUAAAAAAUCAAAAUGUCAGAAAGAAAUCUCUAAGGCAAAGAAAAGCGCCUCAGAAAUAUGAUGGUUACAUUGUGGAUGCAGAAAAUGUUGACACUGUCCUUUCAGACCUGGAAAUGCAUGACCAAAAGAAGGCACCACGUAUGAAAAGGAAGACAAGACGGAAAAAUGCUGUGGGGACAUCUGACGGAGAAACGGAUGGACCGAUUUCUCCAGAGAUCACACAGGCUGAGCAGCCCGAAGAGGUGGCUGAUGCUCGGUCAAACGAGCCAGAAGUCUCUGAUAAGAAACCGAAACAAUCAAAGAGGAGCAAAACACAUGAGAAGAUCAGCAAACACAGUGAAAACGAACAAAGUGCUUCAGAUGGAAAAUGGACAGAGAAAGAACUUCAAAAACUUAAUGAGGCUGUAAAUGCGUUGCCCAAGAACAAGAGUGGGUACUGGGUAAAUGUUGCACUUAUCGUCGGCACCCGUUCGGCUGAGGAGUGCCAGGAGCAGUACGCUGCACAUUACCAAACCAAGCGAAAACAGAGAGGAAAGCAAAAGGAAAAAAAGGCUCCUAAGUCUCAAGAACCAGAAAAGGAAACGGCUCAGAUUACUGCCAAGGUUGGAACACUUAAGAGGAGGAAACAGAUGUGGGAGUUCUUGGAUCACAUGCCCAAAGACGACCAUGGCGAUGUAUUCACUGGUUCACCAAUGCACAGUAAACAGAUCAAGUUGCCUGUGUGGUCUACAAAUGGAGAUGAGACAGACUUUAACCAGCUGCAGAAUCCACAAACACCAAGCUCAAGGUUAUUCAGUACAAACUCAGUAAAAACUCCUCAGUGUCUGCAUAUUACUCCAGGGAUGUUGGGGUCUGUCAAUAGGAAAAACAAUGAUAAGUAUAUCUACCAACUACAGAAGCUUAAAAAACAUGGCAACCCUGGCAGAAAGGCUAGCUCAAAGGAGGAGAAGUUUACUCCAGUUUCAUCAGGAAAAAAAACCAAGAAGAGAUGCGUCGCUGAAGAUGAUAAUUUCGUUGUGUGGAACAUGCUGUCCGACAAAGAUAUUCCAUCAACAAAAGAUGAUGAGGAGGAGGAGGAUGAUUAUUUCAUGGAGGAGUUCUAAAUAAAACACGUAUAUGUAAACAGUAAAAUAAAGCUGGAAAGUUGGAGUUUUUAGUUUAUUUUUAUUUGGACAAUUCUGUAAAUAUUUAAGCUCCAAAAUCAGUUUAAAAUACAAUUUUUAAAGUGGAGUAUUUGGAUUUGUUUUCAAAAUCUGUAUUAUUAAAAAAAGGUUGUGAAUAAUGUUAAUAAAAUAAAUCACAAGAA